UCACUUCUGUUUUCUUGACUCCAGUGAUUAAACCCCCCCCAGAGAGGUUUGUCUCGCCUGUGUCAAACCGCGUGUAAACGACCGCGCAGACAGGAGAGACCGAGCCGGUUCGGUAGCGUCGUCCAGCUAGCUAACGUUUAGCAUUAGCCACGUGGCAUGUGUGUCCAAGUGCAGUUAGCUGCUGCAGGAAAGGGGUUUUUUUUUUUUUUAAUGAGGGGAACCUGUAAUUUGUAAGGGGAAGCAUGUGCUGUUUCUUCAUUUAAAAGACUCACCCAGAAAAGAAGGUUGAAGAAGAAGAGCAGGUAUUUGAUGCAUUUAUUCACAGCCAUGGUUUUCCUUUUUCUUGCUGCCUUCGACACACACGAGCUUCCUACAGAAUGAGGGUAAAAACAGAGACUCCCUCAGGCUAGUCAACAGACCAGCCUGCUCUACUUGUUUCCACUGAUGUUGGCUAACAUAUACAGUACUCCAGAGAUAAGACCCGAGGCCACGAAUGAGUACACAGCUCGAUGUUUCUACCCAACAGCAAAUUUGAUCCAGGUUGGGAAGGUGAAGGUUUGAAGACUUCACUACAGUCAGACAGACACAGACGGCUGAGAAGCGGCAGCAUCGGCCAGAAGAGGAAAGAAAGUUGCUUUGACUUCAACCGGACGCGUUGAACAGUGAACCAAAAUGACAACACUAAAAGUAACUCUUUGGAACACUCUGGAAAACUUGAAAGAUGAACAGUUCAAGCAUUUCCAGUGGCUCCUGAAGCAGGAGGGUAUCCUGGAUGGCUUCUCAGCCAUCCCGGAGGCCCGGCUGGAGAAAGCAGACAGGCAAGACACGGUGGAUCAGAUGGUGCAAAAAUAUGGCUGCCCCGGAGCUCUGGAGGCCACCGUAAACAUUUUAGAGAAGAUCAGCAGAAAUGAUCUGGCGCAGCAUUUGUCCCGCACCGGCUCAAAACUGAAAGACCUCAAGAACUGUGAGUCUGUUUGUUCCAAAAGUGAAUAUGAACGAAAGAAGGCCGAGCUGGGGGAGACAAAGGCUGAAAUAAAGAUGAUGAUCCAGGAGAGACAGAUGAAGAUCGGGGAAAUCAAACGCUCAGCAGAGCUCAGCAAGAAAUUUGCAGACAGACAGACCACAGACAAUGUGCAGCUGUUUGCUGUGUUGGUACAGUCUGUUGAGAGAAGUCUGGCUAAUCUCAUCGAGGCAAUUGAAGAAAAGCGGAAAACCACACAGAAACAGGCAGAAGAGUUCAUCCAAGAGCUGGAGCAGGAAAUCUCUGAGCUGACCAAGAGAAGUACUGAGGUGGAGCAGCUGUCACACACCAAAGACCACCUCGACUUCCUUCAAAAAUUCUCAUCCCUGAAUGCUUUUCCUCCCACCAAGAACUGGACAGAAGUCAGCAUCCCUCCACCAUUAUAUGGGCAAAGUGUGGGGAGCGCUGUGAAUCAGCUCAAGGAAGAACUCAACAAUAAGAUGGAGAAGUUGCUUGCAAAGACCAAGCUUAACAUGGUCCAGCAGUUUGCAGUAGAUGUGACUCUAGAUCCUAAUACGGCAAAUCCCUAUCUCAUUUUGUCUAACGAUGGGAAACAAGUUUACUGUGGUGACGUAAAACAAAAUCUCCCGGAUAACCCAGAAAGAUUUACUUCUGUUGCCAAUAUCUUGGGAAAGCAGAGUUUCUCUUCAGGAAGAUUUUACUACGAGGUUCAAGUUAAAGGGAAGACUUCCUGGGAUUUAGGCAUCGUCAAAGAGUCGGUCAAUAGGAAGGGGUCGAUAGAAGCAAGGCCCGAGACUGGCUACUGGGCUAUAUGCUUAAGGAAUGGAGAUAAGUACAAGGCUUUUGCUUCUUAUCUCAGUGUAAAACAUCCACCAAAGAAGGUGGGCGUGUUUGUGGAUUAUGAUAAAGGUUCAGUGUCCUUUUAUGAUGUAGAUUCUGCAGACAUUAUUCACCGUUUUACUGAUUGUUCAUUCACUGAGAAAGUCUACCCAUUCUUCAGUCCCAGUUCUCAUCAUCAGGGUAAAAACUCCACCCCUCUGAUCAUCUCUCCGGUCAAUUACAGUGAUUAGAUUUGACCAAUCAUCCACUCAAAGCGGAUUCUGCCAAAAGUCAACCCGCAAAUGUGACGUGAUUAAUCAAGUAAUCGCUAAUAAUAAUUUGUUCAACAAAUUACGUGUGUAAACAAUAAUGUAGGAGAUGAGGGACAUGCUAUGAAACAGUCAGAAAAUUGUAUUGGGGUUUGGUUGUAGUGCCAUGCUUUGCCACUAGAUGAUGCCACCUACCAUUUGAUGACAUGGAGUCACAGAUGUGUGUGUUGCCCUGCCCUGAUCCCUGCCGCAGUUUCCAGCUACCUCUCCUGAAGGAGGAGUGGGUAUGUGCAUAUCUAUAUUCUACCACUCGUGUCUGUAGAGACAGUUGCGUCUGGCAUUUUAUGGUUGAUGUGUACUGCACAAUAAGUUAACAGGGUGCAAAUCCCCAACUGUUUGUCUGUUGGCUUUCCGAGAUAGCUAGUGUUGCAGAAAACAUUAGCAAGUCCCGUUCAGAGGUUUUCUGUAGUGGGUUGUUUUAAUGGUAUACCGGUACGCUGUAUGGUAAGAGGAAAAACAAUGGCAGGGUAGCACAUUUAUAGAGCGGGCCAAAAGUUAGUGAUCAGACAGUAUGCAAAUGCAGUUGUAAACCAUGGGUGAGGCAGACUGCCAUCAGAAACUAGGGUCUGACAAUUUACAAUGACAAAGAGAGUGAUGCAGUCUAGGGGGUUAAAACAGGACAGGUCAGAAACAGGAAGCGGUUCCCAGCCGAUACUUGAUUAUCACCACGUAGAGAAUUGUUACACUGGGGUUCCAAACAUUUGAUCAAUAUUAGCAGGAUAUAACAAAGAAUUGUCUAUUAUCAAUUCUGCGUUGUUUUAA